UAAAAAGGCCAUCCCGGCCCGGCCGUCCUCUGAGGCUGGUUCUCGGGGCGCCGCGGCUUCAGGGGGGGUGAAAGGGGGUUCAGCUGGCUUUCUGGCCCCCUCCCCACCUGAAGCGGGCGGGGACAGCACCUUGCAGGCGGAUCCAAGAAAGACCCUGCGGGACAGGGCGGUAAGCGCUGCUCAAAACCAGGCGUUCCCAAGGACGCGCAAAAGGGGUGAAGGGCAGGCGCGAUGGCUGGGCCACGCGACCAGAGCGACGUGCGCGAGUUCACGCGCCACUCCGGCGACGUCCUGAUGAACCUGAACGAGCUGCGGAAAAGGCACUUCCUCACGGACGUCACCUUGCGAGUGGGGGGCUGCCCCCUGCAGGCCCACAAAGCCGUCCUCACCGCCUGCAGCGGGUUUUUCUACUCCAUCUUCCUGGGCCAGGGGGGCCACGAGGUCAGCGUGCUCACCUUGCCCAGUUCCAUCGAGCCCGCCGGCUUCCAGGCCCUCCUCGACUUCAUGUACACGUCCCGCCUGGUCCUCACGCCGGGCACGGUGCCCGCGGUUUUGGCUGCCGCCUCUUACCUGCAGAUGGAGCACGUGGUGGAGAGUUGCCAUCGCUUCAUCCAGGCCAGCUACGACCGGGUGACCUUCUUCCUGACCCCCCCAGCGCCCACCUUCCUCCGCCACAGACCCCUAGAAGACGCCGGGGGGUCCCUUGCCCCCAGUUUCCCAAGGCAGGGCCAAGAAGAACCCCCCACCGUCGCUGGGGCCUCCAGCUGCCCUCUGCCGGCGCCCUACUGCCCAAAGGACAAGGAAUUAGGGUCUGCGAUGUCGCCGGGGGCCGGGGACCUCCCCCCAGGCCAGCCGGCCUCCCCCCGCGAGUCCAGCGGCUGCGCCCCCCCAGGCGCGGACCCCAAAGCUUGCCACUGGAAGAAGUAUCGCUUCAUCGUCCUCAACUCCAUGCUGCGUGAGGGGAGGCCGGACCCCCCCAAAUUGCACGGCCAGGCCGGCCGGGAUGGAGACCCCAGGGACAGAAGCCGCCUUCACAGGCUGCCUUCCUCUCAGCCCCACUGCUCCGCCUGCAACCAGCCAGCCCCCCUGCUUUGCUCCCACCCUCCAGAAGACGCUUCCAUGGGGCAGGGAGACCCCUGUGGUUCUGGGGCUGGCCCUUAUGACUGCAGUGCCUGCGACUUAGGAUACCUGGAGGAAGAUGAAGAAGAGGGGGGAGGAGGAGGAAGGAGCCCCCCAGACUCAGGAAGCGCCUUCGAGGAGAAGCCGUACAAAUGCCAUUUCUGCAACUCGGCCUUCCGCUACAAAGGGAACCUUGCAAGCCACAGAACUCUGCAUACCGGAGAGAAGCCGUACCACUGCGGGAUUUGCGGCGCCCAGUUCAACCGCCCGGCGAAUCUCAAGACUCACCUGCGUAUUCACUCCGGGGAGAAGCCCUACAAGUGUGAGACCUGCGGAUCUCGUUUUGUGCAGGUCGCUCACUUGAGAGCCCAUGUCCUGAUCCACACCGGGGAGAAGCCCUACCCCUGCGGGACGUGCGGGACUCGAUUUCGGCACCUGCAGACCCUGAAGAGCCACCUCCGUAUCCACACGGGAGAGAAGCCUUAUCAUUGCGAGAAAUGUGACGUCCGCUUCCGCCACAAGAGCCAGUUGCGGCUGCACCUGCGACAGAAACACGGCGCCAUCACCAACACGAAGAUCCGCUACAAAGUCCUUGAAGGGCCUUACGCUGGUCUCUGCUGAGCAGGGAGCGUGUUGCGCGGUUUCGGCCGGAUCCACAAAUCCGCCGACCGGCGGAUUCUGCGCUCAGGUAUCUGAGUGGAAUCUUCCCUAUCCUGCACCUGAGAGCUGGACCUUUUCGGUGUCUGAAACUCAGAAUAUCCGACGCCCUAAAUGGCGCGCGUCACAUUCUUGCAUAGCUGUCAACUUUUCUCGCGAGGAA